CUUUUUAGCACCCUGCCUAAUUAUUUACAAGCACGUAAUAAGGGGCAGCAGGUGUGUUCAUGGUAAAAAACCUAAACCACAAACUAUUCUUACAGGAUCUAACAUCUAUAAAUGCCUCUCCACUUGCCUAAGGAAACCUCAAAACGUUUUCGUGAUGGAACCAGUGCACUACAACUACGAGGACUUUGCUUGGCUGCCCACUGUCGUGUUCCGGAUGAUGGGCUACGACAUGCUGGGUGUCCCUAAGACUCGGCUCCGCCGGAUAAUGAUGCGACUUUAUCGCGUUCUGUGCCUCGGUUGCCAUGGCUUCUGUGUGGGAUUCAUGAUUUUCCGAAUGGUGGAGGGCAAAACCAUUAACAACGUCUCGCUGAUCAUGCGCUAUGGAACACUGGUCACCUAUGUCAUCAAUUCGGACACCAAGUACGCCACUGCCUUGCAGCGCGGAGCCAUCCAGAGCCUGAAUACCAAGUUGGCAGACCUGUAUCCAAAGACUACGCUGGACAAGGUUUAUCAUCGGGUGAAUGAACAUUACUGGUCCAAGAUGUUCGUCUACCUCAUCCUCUUUUAUAUCGGAUCAUCUACAAUGGUAGUCAUUGGACCGAUUAUAACGUCGACUAUAUCGUAUUUUGCAAACAGGGGCUUUACCUACAUGCACUGCUAUCCCUACUUUAUAUUCGAUCCCGAGAAGGACUCUGCAUGGAUCUACGUGGGUAUUUAUGCCGUGGAGUGGCUGCAUAGCACACAGAUGGUUAUAUCCAACGUUGCUACGGAUCUCUGGCUGAUUUACUUUCAAGUGCAGAUAAAUAUGCACUUAAGGGGCAUUAUACGUUCGCUGGAGGAUCAUCAGCCCAGUGUGGACCGUGAGGACGAAGACCGACGAUUUGUGGCAAAAAUAGUGGAUAAGCAUGUGUAUCUUGUCGAGCUACAAAACGAUCUCAAUGGCAUCUUUGGGGGUUCACUGCUUCUGAGUCUGCUGACCACAGCCUCUGUUCUUUGUACGGUAUCGGUUUACACUCUGAUACAGGGGGUCACCCUAGAGGGAGUUACUUAUGUCUUUUUUAUUGCCACCUCGGCCUUGCAGGUGUUUUUGGUCUGCUACUAUGGCCAAGAAGUGUUCGACUUGAGUUCAAACAUAGCACAUGCCGUUUACAACCAUGACUUUCACAACGCGUCCAUAUCAUACAAAAAGUGGCUGCUGAUUAUUAUCAUCCGGGCCCAGCAGCCCGUAGAGCUAAGUGCCAUGGGUUACCUGCCCAUAUCGCUGGAUACCUUCAAGCAGGUAAUGAGCGUCACUUACCGCGUUAUAGCCAUGCUUAGGCAGAUGAUUAUGUAGGCGAAAUAA